AUGACGAAUAGCAUUGGCAGGAACCCACCGAUUUUCAUGCAGGAGGGCAACCUAACUACGACACAGGUCUCACGUGUAUUCUGGCUUCCAGAUAACCAUUUAGACCAUCGUCAAAUGGUGAGGUUCCCUGUGCUUCAAUCACUUAGAGAUGGAAAAUCUGCAACAAAAGUAGGACACUACUUUUUGCUUGUCCUGAACCUACGAAACCAAAGGUUUGAGGUGUUAGACUCAAUGAGAACUCUAGAAGAUGAAGCUCUCUUCAAGUGCUGCAACACCUUGAUAGGGGCAAUCAAAGAACUUUGGACCGAACAUGGUUAUGAGGCAAAGAAGCCCAUAUGCAAUUAUGAACUUGUUGAUAUUGGUGUUCCAAUCCAGUCCAACAAGUAA